AUGGCGGCGGUGGUCGGUGUCGAAGUUCACGACGUCAAGACGAGACAACAGAUGGAAGAAGUGCGACGGAUAGAGACGAGCGAGGAUAGAGUUUCACGGUGGGUGGAGGGUGAUAUAUGGCUGGCUGCGUGGCGCCGGAAGAGGUUCCAGAUGGGGAGAGGUGCAGGCAGGCGGCGUUGUAUUCCUGGAGACACCAGGCGCAUUGUUGAUUGGACCCCACCAUCUCAAAUCGCGCCCGCUCGUUACACGUCGCCCAGGGUCGAGGAUGCGAGUGCAAGGUAGAAGACGGAGGCGCGCCUUCCGCGAUCAAUGGCGUCCCACCUGCUCCACUCGCGCCGUCUGCUUCCCCGGGAAAAGCGGGGCGGCAUGGGUUGGAUCCGCCGAUCCCCCAGCCCGUGUCCGGAUCUCCUCACAUGCCCGCCUACUCUACUUGGGCGAGGUCUCUGUGUACCUGACCAAUCGACGGCGCGUCUUGCAUGCACGGAUCACAGCCGCCCGCCAUCCCCCACGGCCCAGCAACGUUUUGAUGAACAGUGGCGUCGCCUUUCUUCCUUCACGCCCUCGUCAAAGUACCUUUGUCUCCUGGUGGAGUUUAGGUCUACGCGAUCCCACUCACCUUGCUGGGCAAAUGCUAAGCGAUGUUGACGCCAUGCGUGCGCUGUGCCAGGGUCUUCCUUGCUGGAAUGGCGCGAACUUGGACGAUCUCCACGCGAGUGAGUGUAACAUAUGCGUCGGACGGUGCUUGACAUCAACAUCCCCACGAGGCGUUCUUGCACGGCGCCACGGAACCGCUCUUGGUCUACCAAGACUCCCUCGAGCUCCCCGCUCUCUUCUCACUUCACCUCACUCCAGUUAUCGUGGUGGUUACACGUGGUGCAGCUGCCGGAACGGCAUCUGGCUCUGCAAUUUCCCAACGGAUGAGGGACUGUGUGCUACAACAGGACCGUUGCCUCUCAUGCAUCCUUGCUCAGGGCAGCUUUUCCGAGCUUUGCCAAUGCUUCCAGCCCACUCACACGUGCAUGACAAGCCUGCAGCACCCAGCCGUCGCCAUUCAUGUCCGCGUUUCGCCUCGCUUGCCUGGCUCCAAUCACUUGCAUGCCGCCAUCUACCUCGCCGCUCCACAGUCGCUGUGAGCAUGUCGUGUAGGCGCCCAGAUUUUGCGUUCCAGCUCUUGGGUUGUUGUAUUCCCGCGGGGAGACGUCUUCGACACAUGUCAAGGGUCCCCGGCACGGGAUGCUCGCCACGGGGUCGUACAGCUCCCCAUAAGGCCAAGCACCAGCGCCCACGCGGUCGGAAGUGUCUCCACCACGAGUCUGGAUGCAUCCCGAUGAUCAAUGCAUGGCUGCACGGACUGCUUGCAUGCCUUGAGCCGCCGAUUCAUGCGCGUAUCCUCUGCCUAGGUCAAAUAUUGUCUGUACCCACGCCUCAAUGGAUCGCACUCCUGGACACUACCUUGUUGUGGAGAGGGGAAUGCCCAGGCGGAAGGGUGAGCCUAUGUGCAUGAAGUGUCGGUGAAAUGCGGUUUUGCAUUGAGUAGGAGCUGGGUGCGAAACCUGGCAGAACGCACAAGAGAGACUGUCUUGGCGUGCAGAAAUACCUCUAUGA